GCUAGCUGUUUGAUGUGACGUCAUUUCCUACAGACAAUAACAGCGAGCAUUCGAUAGAUUAUCACAAUCUAUUUCCUUCGGGACCUUUUUUUGUGGUAUACGAAUUAUGGCGCUGGAAACUGUUCCUAAAGACUUGCGUCAUCUGAGGGCUUGUCUUCUUUGUUCACUCGUAAAGACCAUUGACCAGUUUGAAUAUGACGGCUGUGACAACUGUGAGGCUUACCUGCAGAUGAAAGGGAACAGAGAGAUGGUUUACGAAUGCACCAGCUCCUCCUUUGAUGGAGUCAUAGCCAUGAUGAGUCCUGAAGACAGCUGGGUGGCUAAAUGGCAAAGGAUAGGUAACUUCAAGCCAGGUGUGUAUGCGGUGUCAGUCACAGGCAGACUUCCUCCAGGUGUGGUCAGAGAGCUCAAAAGCAGAGGAGUGAACUACAAAUCCAGAGACACAGCAGUAAAGUCCUAAUCUAUUUCCACCCAUUUCACAUUUGAGGGGUGGAUUUGCUCAGACCUGCAUCAUAAAUCAGCACCUCACCUGUGAUUUCUUAUGGAGCUGUUGGAUUGUUCUUUUUUGUUGUUGGAAGACUACGAGCAAAGGCUGAAAAAGGACUAUUUCAAAGGGGAGCAAAAACUGUUUUUUAAGAAAUGUGGUCCCCGGUCAAAAUCGGUCUGGUUUGGUAUCUGUGUUGUAUGGAGAAUCCCAGUUUUGCCCCCUCCUGCUCCGUGUUUGUGUGUGAACAGAUGAGUCGGUGAUGUUGAUAUUUUUCAAUAAAACGUGCAUUCAAACA